UUCAUGUGAAACAUUCGAUUUUACUCGUUUCGAGAUUUUUUUAUGAGUAUCAUUCAAAAUUCUGCUAAAAUAAAACCCACUGGUAACUUAUUUUAUCUUGACGUGAAAAAUGAAUCAUCUACGUAUGAGCCAGUGAUAAGAAAUAUAUGACAAGCCUAGUAAUAUAAAUAUCAAUUGCGUGUUGGCCGAGAAGUCAAUUGGACGUUCAUAUCGCAAUCGCCAGUAUUGAGUCCAAGAAUCGACGAUCAAAAUGAUGGUUAAUAGUUUGUGGUUUUUACUAGUUGCAAUUAUAGUGUCAGUGAAUUCGCAGUCGCACCACUUUGAAGAUGGCAAGAGACUACCAGGCGAUAAACUUCUACAAUCUGAAUACAUUUAUAAACAUGGAUCAACUUUUGAUAUUGUAGCACCAACGUUUGAAAAAAAAUUUGUUUUAACACAGCCUGGCUUCGUGAUUACGCAGAUACUGGCAAAAGAUAGAAAAACCAAUGGCAAAGGUGCGUAUGUUACUAAAAUAUCGGGUGGCGGAGGAAAAAAUUUCGUCACGCUAAAAUUCAAAGCCCAAAGAGGACAUGGAAUCAAAUUUGACGUUUCAAUAUUUGGAAGACCUAAACAAAACUUCAUUUUUGGAAAAAGACAAAAUGGAGAUAAUCUUAUCGUCAAAAAAGUGUUUUACAAAAAACCAGUGGCUAAUUCAGUUUUAAUCGAUCGCGAAGAAAUAAAUAUUGGACCAAAUAUGGAAAUCACUCAAAUUAAGGUAAUGGAUAGGUAUAAUACUGGCAAAAAUGCUCAAGUCAGACUUGUAUCUGGUGGAGUAAAAUACAAUCAUUCGACAUUGAAUUUUGAAAGUAUUAUUGGCAAAGGUAUCAACUACGACAUUGAAGUUUACGGCAAGGCCUUACCAAAGCCACCCAGUAUUUCGCACAAUUUGAUUGUUGGUGAACGCUCUGAAGGCGAUGUGUUAGCUAUUUCAGAAAAUGUUGAUCACCCAGCUAUAGUCGGAGGUUCCUUAAAUUUUUCAAGGCCAUUCAAGGUUGGAGAAGGAUAUAUGAUUACGAAAAUAGAGGCUUUGGACUCAAAAACUGACGGCACAGGAGCAUACGCUCGAGUUCAGUCGGGUGGAUUAAAACAAAACUCGGUUGAACUUAGGUUCAAGAGCAAACGCGGUCAAGGCGUCUACUUUACCGUGAGAAUUUACGCGAAACACCGACCCACUCCUACAACCACUCCUUUACCUGUCACACUACCACGUGAAUUUCAAAUCGGCACGAGGCAAACAGGUGAUUUUAUGGUAUACGAUGUCAAAGUUAUCAAUGCAACUUCUGAAGUAAAACAAGUUUACGCGGUAGGAUCGACUAAUAUGAUUACUUACAUUAAAGCUGUUAAUCAAAAUUUAAACAGCAGUAACGUGGUAGUUUCUAUUAUAUCUGGUGGAUUGGGGGGAAGCGAUGUCGUAUUAAAUUUCAAAAAUCUAUUUGGAUUUGGCAUCAGUUAUGCUGUUCAAAUUGUUGCUCUACCAAAAGUUCAUUGAAUCUUUUUUAUAAAACGAAUUUAGUAAAUUCCUGACAAGCUCGCUUAUAUUGAAUCUUCGAAUAUGAGAGUUGUUAUUUAAUUUUUUAUUUUCAUUUGAUUUUUAUGUGAGUUUAUAACAUUUUUA